AUGUGCAAUUCCUCCUUGGGAAGGGGUCUGAGUGUUUUAUUCUAUGUUUUUCUCAUUCUUUUUAGGGAUCUCUUGCUGUCUGUGGCACUUGGCCAGGUGCUUUCCCUCCUUAUCUGUGGCAUUGGUCUCACAAGCAAGUAUUUGUCAGAAGAUUUCCAUGCCAAUACACCUGUUUUUCAGAGCUUCCUCAAUUAUAUCCUCCUGUUCUUGGUCUACACAACAACACUGGCUGUCAGACAAGGAGAAGAAAAUCUGCUGGCAAUUUUGAAAAGGAGAUGGUGGAAGUACAUGAUCCUGGGGAUAAUAGACAUAGAAGCCAAUUACCUGGUAGUCAAAGCUUAUCAAUACACCACCCUUACUAGUGUACAGCUCCUAGACUGUUUUGUCAUCCCAGUGGUAAUACUGCUGUCCUGGUUCUUCUUACUGGUACGAUACAAGGCAGUACAUUUCAUUGGGAUCGUGGUCUGCAUUCUGGGCAUGGGCUGCAUGGCAGGAGCAGAUGUCCUCGUUGGGAGACAGCAAGGAGCAGGUGAAAACAAACUGAUAGGGGAUCUCUUAGUACUGGGUGGAGCAACGCUAUAUGGAAUCUCAAAUGUUUGUGAGGAGUACAUCGUCCGAAAUCUGAGUCGAGUGGAAUUCCUGGGCAUGAUCGGACUCUUUGGCUCCUUCUUCAGUGGAAUUCAGCUUGCAAUCAUGGAACACAAAGAGCUGUUGAAAGUUCCCUGGGAUUGGCAAAUAGGCUUGUUGUAUGUUGGCUUUAGUGCCUGUAUGUUUGGCCUCUACAGCUUUAUGCCAGUGGUCAUAAAGAAAACCAGUGCUACUGCCGUCAACCUCUCCCUACUCACAGCUGACCUGUACAGCCUCUUCUGUGGAUUAUUCCUCUUUCACUACAAGUUUUCAGGACUUUACUUGUUGUCGUUCUUCACUAUCCUUGUUGGGCUGGUGCUCUACUCUUCCACGUCCACCUACGUAGCCCAGGAUCCUCGGGUGUACAAGCAGUUUCGAAACCCGUCAGGACCUGUUGUAGACCUGCCAGCCACUGGCCAGCUGGAGCCUUCGGUAACAUACACCAGCCUGGGGCAGGAGACAGAAGAGGAGCCUCACGUUAGAGUUGCUUAAGCCCGGGGCUGUUGAUCACCUGCUGAUGAUUCAGUGGAGCUCGUAUAUCCAUUAUGUCUGUAUUGUACAUAGAGAAAGGUAUUUACCAGGUGCAGUUACACCGGUGAGAUGCAAGGUAGCAAAUAAGGAAAGCUCGUAAAAAUACCAAUUAAUUGUUCCAGGGUGUUCAUUGCAAGGAGAUGCCAGUCCCUCGUUUACAAUACAAGCAGCACGUUUGCAACACAAACUGCUGUCUAUGAAUCAGUUAAUGUCAAACUACCUGUAGAAGGUAUUCAAUAUAUAAGGUGGAAUUACAAAAAUAAGUUCAUCAAAGGGUGUGUUUGCACCCACUGAGAGAGAUUACACCUAAGCCACAUCAGUUGUGGAAAAACUGCCUUUUUACAAUAAACACACUUGUGCAGUCACUGUUAAUUUUUCUCUAAGAUUUGUUUGAUUGCAAAAAAUAGAUGGGUUACUCGUGGUGGCAACACCCUGACACAUUUUUGCUAGUACCUUGGGAUUUGGUGAGAGAAAGACAAUGGAUUCAUUUUUGCUGUCUGUCUAGUUGCCCUUUCUAGGUAAUCUGUUCCAUGAAUCCAGAGAAGGGACAACUUACAAUAUCUGUCUCUAUUCUAGGAAUAGGUAUAAGGCGAGUGUUUUAGCCUUUCUAUAUUUGCAGAAAUGAAGAACUCAAACAUCGACCUCUCUAUGAUCCAUGGCAGAUUUCCUAGCAGCUGAGGUUCUGCAUCAGGUGACAGGGGGUUAGUUUCUCUGUAGUUGUGACAACACAGAUUUCUUACUUUUUAAAUUUUAAUCUGUAAAAAGAAAAACAUGUUUUCUAGUUUCUUAUGUAUUAUACCUCUCCAUGGUAAGAUGACAUGUCACAUGAAUCAGGACAGUUAUUUUAGAUGCUCAGUGUGUUGAGGGCACCUUCUGCUGUUCCAGUUUGCUUAGUCUCCUGUGGUUCAUUAUUUUAACAAUAGCUAUUUAGAAACAUAUCAGUUUUUCACAAAACCCCACAAACAGUAAAAAUCAGGA